UUACUUUCUUGUUGAAUAUUUGGUAUGUAACUUAAAAUCCAGCUCACAUUCUCCAUCAAUGGAAUCGUGCUGCAUUGAGCAGUUUCUCGAGGGAAAGACCAUUUUCAUCACUGGUGCAACGGGCUACCUUGCAAAGAUUCUCACUGAGAAGAUACUCAGAGUCCAACCAAAUGUGAAGAAGCUCUACUUGCUAAUAAGAGCUCCAGAUUCAAAUUCAGUUAGACAACGCUUUAACAACGAGGUUAUAAAAACUGAUCCGUUCGGAGUUCUGAGGGAGAAGUUGGGUGCCAACCUACAUAGCUUUAUAGAAGACAAAGUUUUCCCAGUUGCAGGGGAUAUAGCUUGUAAUAGUAUGGGGAUAAAUUCUGAGCUGAAAGAUGAGAUGUGCAGAGAAAUAGACAUAAUUGUAAACUCAGCUGCAACAACUAGAUUUGAUGAAAGAUGUGAUACUGCAACAAGGACCAAUGUAUUGGGUGCCAUGAAUGUUCUCAAAUUUUCCAAGCAAUGUUCAAAACUUAUGAUGCUUCUCCAUGUAAGCACAGCCUAUGUUUGUGGGGAAAAGGAAGAAUUGAUACUAGAGAAGCCAUUGAACUACGGUGAGAUGCUUAAUGGAAGCUCUCACUUAGACAUAGACGUGGAGCAAAAGUUGGUAGAGAAGGCACUAAAGGACCUUCAAGAUAGAAAUGCCACUGAAAAAGAAGUUACACUAGCUAUGAGAGUUCUAGGUAUUGAGAGGGCAAGGCUACAUGGAUGGCCAAACACAUACUCAUUCACAAAAUCAAUGGGAGAGAUGCUUUUGGGACACCUCAAGGAGGAUCUCCAACUCAUAAUUCUACGGCCAACAAUUAUAUUGAGCACCUACAAGGAGCCAUUCCCUGGAUGGAUUGAAGGAAUGAGAACCAUGGACACGUUCAUUGUUGGCUAUGGUAAGGGAAAACAGAAACUUGCAAUGGGUGGCAGAGAAACCAUAACAGAUGUGGUAUAUGAUAUGGUCGUAAACUCAGUCAUUGCGGCUAUGGUAGCCCAUCGAAAUCCAUCUUCCCGUAUAGAUGUUUACCAUAUUAGCUCGUCUAGGAGGAAUCAAAUUAAAAUUGAUGAUUUUAUACGAAUUGGCGUUGAUUACUUCAAGAAGAAUCCACGGAUUGACAAAAGAGGAAAGCCAGUCAAAGUGAAGAAAUUUCACUUACUGGUUAGCAUGGAUAGCCUUCACAUAUACAUAGCAAUCCACUACAUGCCAUCAUUAAAGAUAUUAAAGUGGGCAAACUUCAUACUUUGCCAACAUUUGCAAAUCCAUCACACAAACUUACAAAGAAGGAUCAAUCAUACCAUUCGACUAGCUGAACUCUACAAGCCUUACGCGUUCUUCAAAGGAAUUUUCGAUGAUACGAAUGGUGAAAUGUUGCGAAUGGCAACAAGAGAAAGUAAUGCAGAUGAUACAUUCAAUUUUGAUCCGACAACCAUUCAGUGGGAUAAAUACUUGAAGGAAACUCACAUACCCGGAUUAGUAAAGUACAUUUUCUAAGAAAGCAGAAUUAUUUGAAUAAAGGAAGUUCCCUACCUCCAAAUAAAAACUUGUGUUG